ACACACACACACACACACACACACACACACAGGAGCAUAGCCGAGAGGCAAGGACUGCAGCAGCAUGCACCAACCACGGCUGAGCUGUUCGGGGACAUGAGGAGAGGAAACUGAGAAGGGAAAAUAAUGUAUAAUGUGUGCUCACACACCAACCUGCGUGUACAUCUUUUCAGCCAUGGGAAUGAUGCAUUUGAAGAGCAGAUAGCUUGUGUUAUCCAGCCUCCUCUGCACUGUCUCUGCAUCCCAUUCACCCUGCUCCUCCCACUCCAACUCUCCCUCCUCCUCCUGUCUACAGUAUCGUUAGACAGGACUACGGAUUGCCUGGGACUGGCGUGUCGUGGAUGCUCAGGUUUUACCUCGGCCGCAAGGUUCUUCUUUAGCAAUGCUACAUCUGUACCUCUGCUGACGUUUGGAUUGUAAUCGACAUUCGGACCUAGAAGAUCAUCCUCUGCCGGCUAUUGGAUGUGUGUGUCAUUCUUUACCAGUGUUGUCAUUGGCGCAUUUCCUCUAUUUGGCUGGUUGUUUUUGCCUUGUGUGAGACUGGCUAGCAGGCACUGCAGCAUCAGGACCGCAAGACCCAUGAAGUAGUAGGGCAUGAGGACCCAGGGGCAACCCAAAGGAAGGGCUUGAGUGCUUCAAUUGCUACCACUGCUACUGAGCUGAGUGAUUGGGACAGCGGGCAGAAGAGAAGAUGCUGAUGGCCCGAGACACGGCGCGCGAUGAGGCUCAAAAGCUGCACAGGAAGUGGCUGAAGCAUCAGGCCUUCAUGGCCGAGCUGGCCCGGAAUAAAGAAUGGCUGGCCAAGAUAGAACAGGAAGGUCAGGAGCUGAUCCAGGAGAAGCCAGAGCUGUACUCAGUGGUGCAGCAGAAGCUGGAGGAGAUCAGGGAGUGCUGGGCUGACCUGGAGAGCACGACCAAGGCCAAGGCCCGUCAGCUGUUUGAAAACAACAAGCCCGAGCCGGCGGUGAAGAGCUACUCAGAUCUGGACAACCAGCUCUCGCAUCUGGAGCAGCAGCCCCCUCAGCUGGAGCAGGUUCAUCAUUUGCCCACCUUCAAUGAGCAGCUCCAGAAAUUCCAGGCUAUGGAGUCUCAGAUCGGGGACUUUUACAAAGAUGUGGGAGAGCUGGGCAGCUUGCAGGGAGUCUGCUUACCCCAGCGCGGGCUGAUGGCAGGUGAAAAGGAAGGUGGCGAGCAGUCAGGUGUGGUGGAGACCCGCAUCGUCCGCCUCAUCGAGCCGCUGAAGGAGAGACGCCGCAUCCUACUGGCUUCCAAAGAGAUGCACCAAGUCGCCCAGGACCUGGAGGAUGAGCUACUGUGGAUUCAGGAAAGGCUUCCGCUGGCCUCAUGUAAAGAUUAUGGGAAUAACCUCCAAGGCGUCCAACAGCAUGCAAAAAAGAACCAGACACUCCAGAGGGAGCUUGCAGGGAGACGGGCACGUGUUGAAGAAGUUCUGGACCGGGCGGGGAUCAUCGCCUCACUCAGAACUCCAGAGGUGGAGUUCAUACGUGAAGGGGCAGGGCAUGUGAGACAGCUGUGGGAGGUUCUGCAGCUGGAGGCAGAGAGGAGGUCUGUGAUGCUGGACGCGGCACUGCAGGCUCAGCAGUACUACAGUGAAGCAGCUAAAGUAGAAUCCUGGCUUUCGGGUCAGAAACUGAAUGUGGCCAAUGAAGAAAGAGGCACAGAUGAGGCGAGCACUCUGCAGUUGCUGAAGGCUCAUCUAGCUCUCGAACAAACGGUGGAAACAUACGCAGAGACAGUGGGCAUGUUGUCCCAGCAAUGCCAGCAUCUACUGGAAGUAGGACACCCAGAAAGUGAGCAGAUCACCAAGCAGCAGUCCCACAUAGACCGGCUGUACGUGUCUCUGAAGGACAUGGUGGAGCACAGAAAGACCAAGUUGGAGCAGCAGUACUGGCUCUAUCAGCUAAACAAAGAGGUGGAGGAGUUAGAGAAAUGGAUCACUGAGCAUGAGGCUGUGGCCAGUUCCACUGAGUUGGGCCAAGACCUUGGAGACGUCACGGUGCUUCAGGAGAAGUUCACCAAGUUCGCUUCAGAAACCAACAGCAUUGGUCAGCAGCGCAUGGAGCAAGUGAACAAAAUGGUGAACGAGAUGAUUGACUGUGGCCACUCGGACGCAGCCACUAUCGCCGAGUGGAAGGACGGCCUGAACGAAUCGUGGGCCGACCUCCUGGAGCUGAUGGAGACGCGAAGGCAGAUGCUGGCGGCGUCGCACCAGCUGCACAAAUUCUUUACUGACUGCAAAGAGGUCUUGGCUCAGAUCACGGGGAAGAUGAAGCAGCUGCCAGAGGUGAGGGCAUGCCAAGCCAACAUCACCAAUCCAGCGACCCUGCAGAGACUCAUGCACUCCUUUGAGCAUGCCCUUCAACUGCUAGUUGCACAGGUGAGGCACUUGCAGGAGAACGCCGCUCAGCUGAGAACCAUCUAUGCCGGUGAGAAGGCUGAAGCCAUCAUGGUCAAAGAACAGGAAGUGACGGAGGCAUGGAGGGACCUACUGAGCUCUUGCGAGGCCAGUCGUGUCCAGGUCACUUCAGUAACCGACAAGGUGCAAUUCUUCUCAGUGGUGCGUGAAAACCUGAUGUGGAUGGAAGGCAUCAUGGGUCAAAUAAGAUGGGAUGAGCCCAGGGAUUUGGUGGCUCUGGAGAUGAUGAUGAAACAACACCAGGAACUUAAAUGCAAAAUAGAUGGUCGCAGCAAGACCAUACAGCAGUGUGCAGAUCUUGGCAAGAUACUGAUAGCUGCAGGCAACCCUGCAUCAGAAGAGAUAAAAGAGAAAUUGGACAGCCUUCUGUCCAAGCAGAAGGAUCUUGUUGAAAAAUGGGACCAGCACCAGGACAGGUUACAGCGCAAGCAGGAACAUUUCCAGUUUACCCAGGAAACAGUGAAGGCAGAAGCCUGGCUAAAGGCCAAGGAGCCACUGAUAACCUCCAAGCAGCCAGAGGGAGGAGGCGCUCACGCCCAAACAGACGAGGCCGAGCAGCUCAUCCUUCGCCAUGAGGCCUUCCGCAAGGCGGCUGUAACCUGGAAGGAACGCUUCAGCUCCCUCCGACAGCUUUCGGCUGCUGAGAAAAAGAAAGAGGAGGAGAAAAAGACAACGCCACUCUCGAGUCGUAGGAUGUUCCCAUUAUCUUGUCUGACUCCCAGUGUUUCUUCCGGUGCUACCUCGUCUUUCUUGAGGCAGACAGUCCAGGCACAUGUACAACCCAAACCCCUGCGGACCAACCUAGGUCUGGGUGCCACCCCUGCAACCCAGAGAUUGUUUUCAACACUAGCCAGUUACAACCCGGUUCUCAAUGGAUCGGGCUACCAAGGACUGGAACAGCAGUGUAGUGGCAAGUUGAUGGGCUCCUCUUACCUUGGGAUGAACAAUCAGGUGUCUGGAGUUGGAAGGGACUCUGCUUUCUCAGCAAUGACUUCCCAGAGUGGGGGAGCAGAAACCUCUGCAUACUUUGGGAUAAACCAUCAAACUGCUGGCUGUGCAGAAAGUUCUGGGUACUUUGGAUUAACUGCUGGUUGUGUCAGUGGUGCGCAAAACCAUUUGAGCAGUGGCCGAUUAGGAAGUUUGGGUAAUUUAGCUCAACAGCCAAGUGGCAGUAUGGUAAGCACCGGUUUUCCAUCGCAACAGAAUACUAGCAGCUCUGGAUUUUUGGCCCAGACUCAAAAUGUGGGAAGUUUAGGAUACUUGGGACAGCAACCUAAUGAAGAGGGUUCAGGGUUUUUGGCGCAACAGCCUAAUAUGGGUAGUUCUGGGUAUUUGGCACAACAGCCUAAUAUGGGAAGUUCUGGGUAUUUGGCACAACAGCCUAAUAUGGGGAGUUCUGGGUAUUUGGCACAGCAGCCUAAUAUGGGUAGUUCUGGAUACCUAGCACAGAAUUAUCAGAGCAGUGGGGGGUUGGGUAGCUCAGGCUUUUUGGCACAAAAUCAUUACAGCAGUGGAAGUCUGGGAAGUUCGGGUUACCUAGCACAGAGUGGUGGCAUCAUAGACCCUAAAAUGGCAUAUGCAUGGCAACAACUAAAAGCUGACUUCAUGCAGCCUAGGAUCAAUCACAUUCACAAAGCUGUAAACCCCCUCUUGGAAGCUAGUCGAAUGCAACGGGAACAGUAUGGCGACAUCCCAAUGGCCGACAUGAUGGGCCCAGAGUCUGGACUGGAGCUCCUUCAUGGCCGUCUCCAGAGGGAUCCCCGUGGCAGCCGUUCGGACCCUCAAAUGGACCAUCUAAGGCGCGAGAGGGAGUACAAGCUGGGUAGACAGACGUCCAGCGAACAGGAGAUCCAGGCCCGGCUAAAUGAGUUGCCGAUGAUAGUGCGCCAGGAGCGCUACCGAAGGCGCCUAGAGAGGCAGUCCUCCAGUGAACAGGAAGGGAGUGGCAAGCAGAGGCUGCAGAGACAGGACUCAAGUGACCUGGAGGGCUCUGCUAAGGAAGGCUCAGACAAACGCUCAGGAGAGAAGAGAUCUACAAUGGCAGAAAUUGUAGAACAGGCCCAGGAGAGAGAGGCAGCACAUGCAAGAGGGGAGCCUUAUCGCCCUCCCAGCAGCCUCUCUGCACCCGUGACUCGUUACGAUGGACGUCCACGUGCCAGAGACCGUCCUAAGCCAAGGAGGAGGCCCCGUCCAAAAGAACCUGAGGAGACGCGACGUUCUCGUUCAGCCCCAGCCACUGGUGCUCCCACAACACCUCAGCCGCCUUCUCACACUGCCCAUAACGAAGGCUUCCUCUACCGCAAAAAGGCCACCAGCUCUGACCUAGAAGCUCAGCAGAGGAGCCCCAACAGCAAGUCCUGGGUGAAUGUAUACUGUGUGCUGAAAGAGGGGAAGCUCACCUUCUACAAGGAUGCUAGAAACCACAACACAACAUACAACGGAGAACCUCCUGUGGAGCUUAGUAACUGCUCGUUUGAUCCCUCGUUGGGAUACAAGAAGAAGAAAAACGUCUUUAUUCUUCAAAUAAAUGAUGGAAACAACUUUGUUUUCCAUGCUAAAGAUGAGGACGACCUGAAGGCUUGGACUUCAAAUAUUACCACCUGUAUAGAUGAGUACGAGGCCAUGGCCAAGUGGGACAAGCCAGGCACCUCAUCCAUGGACCCCGACCGCUCAGAGAGGAAGGAGAAAUCCGAAGGGGAUGCGGACGGGAGGUCAGAGAGGUCCGAGCUGGUUGAAGGGGAAGAAAGGGAAAGGUCAGAAAAGGGAGACGGUUCAGAGAAAUUAGACACGUCAGAAAUAGCAGAUAAGCUGGAAGGUGGAGCAGGGGGCUCCAGCACGUCUGGAAGAAGCAAAUGAGGAGCCCCCUUUGUAAUUUCAUGUUACUUCCUGACAAACGGGGUAGGAGGCAGUGGGAGGGAGGGACAGCUGGAGAGCAUGUGCAGCUAGGCUAGCUGAUCCUCAGUCACAGAGCUGGAAGACUCGGAGGCCACGGUCCUUGGAUCGACUACUGUAACUGUGACAGACUAAUCUCCCAGCCCCUCCCCUUCACCCAGGUAAUACAUCAGUGCUUGCUUCGUGCCACCUGCUGGUAGGUAGGAGGUUGACCCAUACAGACAGACGAACCUACAGACACAACUCCAACAAGUGGUACCAAUAGUCACUGUCACAUCCCAUCAUCGAUCGUUUAAUCUUUUGGAUUUACAGCAUCUUUCUGUAUGUAUCUCUGACUGAUAAUUUAUCUAGACAAACCCUAAACGUGGUAAAUGAAAUGUUCACAGUAUUAUGAAAAAAGAGCAUAUGUUUUUGAAGCAAUAUACUUUUUUAUUUCUUCUCGUUGCUCAAGAGAGAAGGGGAGAAGGAAAGACAACAGAGUCCUUUUAUGAUUUGUCACAUUCACGUGCUUACUUUAGGGAGUCGUGCACCUUAGACACUGGACAUGUCUGUAUAGAAACCAUUACAUCUAAUCCUGUCACACGACUAGCUUUUGAUCAUCCUACGUUAAUGGAAUGCCAGUGUUACACACCUGUCGUCAGUGGUGCCAAUAAAUACAGAUUUCUAGAGUUUUUUUCUUUCUAUUGUCAUUGUAUUUAUCCACAGAAAAGAGCCUAUCAUCAGACCUCUUCGCUAAUUCCAAGGUGUGUUUAAAGUGGCGAUGGUCAGCGUCAUUCUAAAACCUAUGGGACACAAUGCCUUUGUAUACAUGACCAGAAUCAGAUCAUUGCAUGAAAAUAGUCUUAGUGUACCUGUUAAACUUGCCUUUUAUUUUUUGUUGCUGGGCAGUACUGGAAUUGCAAUAACAAUGUGAAUGGAGGAAAACAAUUUAUUUUGCUACCAUGUUCCAUGUCUAAAGCCCAGAGGUAAGUUUGACUAAGUAGGAUGACUUUUAUUCACGGCAAGCAUGAGAGGGGGGUGACAGGAAUUAGCCAAAUGGCCCAUCAGCUGUUUGUACGGUACUUAAAGCAUUUUUCUUUCAACGAAUGUAACGGCUUCAGCUACGAAACGUUUGAUGACCACACAGUUUGCGAUGGCCCCAUAAAAUGUUAAACUCUCAAACAACUCUGCUGAGAGUUAAACCUCUCUGCGUCGUGUUUAACACCGAUUGGAAUCUCUGCACCAAAGGCAAAAGUCAAAUGUAAAACUGUCAUGGUUUCAGUCAUGAACUGUAUAUACCUACCUUUGUAUGUAUACCAAUAAAUCCUGUGCUCUAAUAAAACCAUACUCUGAACUACUGAAAUAGAAAAUUAAAACAUUUGUAUUAAUCCACAAAUUAAAUCAAUCAUCACUCCAAUACAAUAUUGUGAAAAAUAUAUGCAAAUUAGGAGUCACUAUUAAUUAUCAUAGUGUAUAUAAGUACACCAGUAUGUAGUUAUAUUAAACACUUUUACCAGGAGAGAGCAACAGGACAUACUUGCUGUAUUUUUAUAUGCAUAUAUUUAUUCUUAUCAGAUCAGGAGUCCCAUUAAGUUGUAAUAUUAGCUGAUUGAGUAGUCAGUGUGCCUGUGAGAGGUGUGCUAAAUUUAUAUAUUACCCACAAAAAAAAUAGUGUGUGCAGUUCACUACAUGCUCCUCUGAAUAACCCAGUUGCUAGCACAGAUGAAUUCUUCAUUCUUUGUUUUGUGUGUUGUUUAAUUUUUACAAGUAUAACUUCCCUCCCUGUCAGUGAAUUGUGGCCAUUUUGACAAUGUGCUUCCAUUAAAGACAAAGAGGGCGACGUGGUGAAGCAGGAGCAGCUCAGUCUCUGUGAGAACAUUUUCUUUCUGUUUUCCAUCCUGUGGAGCUCCACUUGUAACAAACAGUCUUCCUUUCUAUUCUCGCGUGUUCUACAUGCGGCACUGUUUGAGUGGCUGGGCUUUGUAGCCUUCAAGCGAGCUACACACGAGCUGCUGUGUAAUCGUGCAACUGUUAACUCUAUUUGUACGUCAUUAUUUGUCUUUACACAUGUGCCAUGAUGCGCAGUUUGGAGGAGCGAUUCAGAAGAGAAAGCGAAUUGGUUGUGAGAACAUUUUAUCCAACUCGUCUGACAUUGAGCCUGAUGUUGCAAUACGCAUUUUUAACACUGAAAUAGGAAUUCUAGUAUUUUCAUGUGACUGUGAUUGUUCUGAUCGGUUGCUCAUGGCUGAUAUUUAGCUCGCAUCACCAUGUAUGUUUGAAGUGUUUGCUCGUCACUUAUAUGAAGCAAGGGAUUUUUUCUCUUCGCUAUGUUUUGACAACAAGACUCGAAGUUAAAUUGGCAACAAAAAUCUUGACAAAAGAAAACAAUAUAUUGUGCAAAUGUACUUUCCUUCAUUGAUGGUCUUAGCUGUGUGUAUGUCUUUGUUACUUUACAUUACAACUUGCUGCUAUGACAUUAAAUAAAUCUCCAAACUUGCCGAUGCAAACUUGAUGUGGAA